AAAUCUGACGUUUUAUUAUUUACUCGUGAAGACGUGAAUCUUGUCAUUUUCAAUUCUCGCUAUUUUGACGAGAAUUUUUAUUGUUUUUGUGCAAUGUUAUAAACUGAACAGUGAAAAUAAACCGCAAAAAUGAAGAACCGAUUUAACACAUACGAUAUUAUGUGCAUGGUCACAGAACUGCAAAGGUUAAUUGGAAUGCGAGUGAACCAAGUGUAUGAUAUAGACAGCAAGACAUAUGUGAUACGCCUGCAGAGAUCCGAGGAGAAGAGCAUCUUGCUGCUGGAGUCUGGGAACCGCUUUCAUACCACACAGUUUGAGUGGCCAAAGAAUAAUGCUCCCUCGGGAUUUACUAUGAAGCUACGUAAACACUUGAAGAACAAACGUCUAGAGAAGCUCUCCCAGCUCGGCGUCGACCGUAUCGUGGACCUGCAGUUCGGCAGCGGGGAGGCCGCCUACCACGUCAUCCUCGAACUGUACGACAGAGGAAACAUCGUGCUCACCGACCACGAGAGGAUCAUCCUUAAUGUUCUUAGGCCUCACGUCGAAGGGGAUAAAGUACGAUUCGCAGUAAAAGAGAGGUAUCCUCUGGAUAGAGCAAAGACAAGUUACGCGGCGCCCUCUAGCGUCGAGCUGCAAGAAAUACUGGCCAACUGUAAACCUGGUGACAACCUCAAGAAAGUUCUUAAUCCUAAAUUAGAGUUCGGUGCAGCCAUUAUCGACCAUGUUCUCCUGGAGAAUGGCCUGGCGGGUACCAUGAAGCUGUCCAAGGAGCCAGGCAAGGGGUUCAAUGUGGAAGAAGACCUUGAGAAGCUGCUGAAGGCCCUGAAGCAGGCUGAACAACUACUCGACGAUGCGAGGGUUCAAGUGGCGAAGGGCUACAUAACGCAGAAGAAGGAGUCCCGGCCUGGUCCCGAGGGCGAGACCUUCCUGCUGGCCAGCCAGGAGUUCCACCCGAUGCUGUUCGCGCAGCACCGCCAGAUGCCGCACGUCGAGCACGACACCUUCGACCGAGCUGUCGACGAGUUCUUCUCCACUCUGGAAGGACAGAAAAUUGAUUUAAAGACAGUUCAAGUAGAGCGCGAGGCCAUGAAGAAGCUGCAGAACGUGCGCGCGGACCACGAGAAGCGCGUCCGCGAGCUGCAGCGCGCGCAGGGGGCCGACCAGCGCGCCGCCGAGCUGGUGGCCAGGAACCAGCCGCUCGUGGACCAGGCCCGUCUGGCCGUGCAGGCCGCGCUAGCUAACCAGAUGUCCUGGGACGAUAUCAAGGACCUGGUGAAGGCUGCCCAGGAGAACAAGGACCCGAUCGCGUCGUGCAUCAAGCAGCUGAAGCUGAACACCAACCACAUCACACUGCUGCUGGAGGACCCUUACGACAGCGGGGAGGAGCCCCUGCCCCCGCAACUUGUCGAUAUCGAUCUCUCGCUCACUGCAUACGCGAAUGCGAGAAGGCUCUACGACCAGAAACGAAGUGCCGCUAAAAAGCAGCAGAAGACUCUAGAAUCAGCUGGGAAAGCCCUCAAGAGUGCGGAGAAGAAGACCAAGCAGACCCUGAAGGAGGCCCACACCGUCAGCAACAUCAUCAAGGCGCGGAAGACGUACUGGUUCGAGAAGUUCUACUGGUUCAUCUCAUCGGACAACUAUCUCGUGAUCGGCGGUCGCGACCAGCAACAAAACGAGUUGCUAGUGAAGCGCUACAUGCGCGCGUGCGACGUGUACGUCCACGCGGACGUGUCGGGCGCCGCGUCCGUCGUCGUCAAGAACCCCAGCGCUGGGCCGCUGCCGCCGCGCACGCUGGCCGAGGCCGGACACGCCGCUGUGGCCUACAGUGUGGCGUGGGAAGCCAAGGUGAUGACUCGCGCGUGGUGGGUGCACGCCUCGCAGGUGUCGAAGACCGCGCCCACGGGGGAGUUCCUCACCACCGGCUCCUUCAUGAUCCGCGGCCGCAAGAACUACCUGCUGCCCGACCAGUUGCAGUUCGGAUUCAGUUUUAUGUUCAGAUUAGAAGAUAGUUGUAUAGAAAAGCAUCUCAAUGAGCGAGGAGUGCUCGCCCCGGAGGACGCCUCGGAAACGACAUCCGUCGUCGAGGAGGAUCAGGAAAUAAUCGUGUCUGAUGAUGACGAACCUUCAGACAAAGAGGAAGAGAAAUCAGAAGUAAAUACCUUAGGAUCCAUUAAAGAAGAGUCGCAAGCAACGGAGUCGGAGAAGAGCGAGAGCCGUCAGGAGACAGAAAACAGUGAGAGCCAGGAGAUGGAACAGAGUGAGAGCCAGGAGACAGAGCAGAGUGAGAGCCCGGAGAUGGAGCAGAGUGAGAGCCAGGACACAGAGAGAAGUGUGAGCCAGCAGGAGACUAGUGAGAAGCAAGAGAAGGAAGAACCAUCGGAGAAUGAGAGCGCGUCAGAUGAUGAUUUCCCAGACACACACAUCAAGGUUGACCACGGGACAGGACAAGUGUUUCUGCGGAAUUUGUCCAGGACAUAUUCAGAGACCUCAGAUAAGAAUGAAGAAAAAAUGCCGUCGUUUCCGCAAUUACCAAAGAAAGGAGGCAAGAAGCCGCAGAAGGAGCAUAAAGAGCAGAAAUCAAAGGAACCGAUGAAAGAAGAGAAGAGCAUGAAGCGGGGACAGCGCGGGAAGCUAAAGAAGAUGAAGGACAAGUACAAGGACCAGGACGAGGAGGACAGGGCUAUCAUGAUGGAGUUACUUCAAUCAGGGAAAGGAGAGAAGGAAUCAAAGAAGGCUCAGAAGAAGGCGGCGGCAGCGAAGGCUAACAAGGUGAAGACAGGUCCCCGAGCAGCCAAGAUCCCGCAGCCGACGCCGCUGCUGCUGGAGGCCGACUCCGAUGUCGAGGACCCGGAGCUGGACCCUGAGGUGUCGGAGGUGGAGGCGAGCUCGGACGCGGACGCGGCGCUGCUGCGGCAGCUGACGGGCGCGCCGCUGCACGACGACGAGCUGCUGUUCGCGGUGCCCGUGGUCGCGCCCUACUCCGCGCUCACCAACUACAAAUACAAGGUGAAGCUGACUCCUGGAGCCAGCAAGCGCGGCAAGGCAGCCAAGACCGCCAUCCAAGUGUUCCUCCGGGAUAAAACAAGCACGGCCCGGGAAAAAGACCUUCUGAAGGCCGUCAAAGAGGAGAACGUCGCCAGGAACUUCCCCGGGAAAGUGAAACUGUCCGCGCCCUCGUUACAUAAGCAUAAGAAAUAGAAAUGUUACUGGAAAGCUCAACUAUUCAUUCUAACUCUGUGAUCCGAGGUACUAAAAAUGACACAAACGGACACACAAACACCAAAAAAAAAGGAAGAACACCGAUAUUAUGGACUCCUUUUUGUAAUUAGUCAAUCUGCGUUUGUUCACUGAUUUUCGUUGUUGAUGGCAAACAUUUCGUCUGUCCUUGUUUUUUUUUAACAUCUAUGCCCAGUACGUAGUACUUUCACACACACGAAAAAUUUAAGCGUGCCUUGCAAUUGAGUUAUUUUUUAGUGGUAACUUAACUUUCUUGGUUUUUUUUUUCAAUCACUAACCGUUACAUUAUACAGAGAUGAGCAGAGUGCUUCUUGCUUCGUCUUGUCUAUGUUCCUUCGUUCUGUCAGUAUGAGUGAGAAAAGCAGGAAUCUUUAAGUAAUGUACUUGUGGGAGCGAGAUGAAGUACUACGUGACGUUAGCGUCGUCUCUCUUCCGCAACGGGUCCUCCAGGGAUAGUAGCCAGACAAGCAAUCUCUGUACUAAAUACUGUUUUUAUCUGAAUCCUGUAAGACUGGAAGCUUUACUCAGCAUAGCUUGGAUAAAGUUUUCAGAAGUGAGAAUUAUUGUGUUUUUGGUCAUCUGUCGUCUGUUUCUUAUAUUCAUGUUAAUUAUAUCAUGUUACUGUAUUAUAUAUUAUAUAAUAUGUACAAAGAA